GACCCACAACAUUAACCUCGUCUUUCAUUCUGAAGCAGUUCCCCACAACUGCAUCUCUACUCUCUCUUUCUUGAUUCCCUGUCCUUGAUUAAUGACCAUCAGCUAUCGUACAAAAUAACCCAUAAACUGUUCGCCGUGCCUUGACUUGAAUUUUGUGUUACAGCAACCUCGUAUGGGAAGACCGCUUGUCUCUCAAACCAAUUCUCAACAUCCCUCUCACUGUUCCUGUCCAGGCUGUUUCCAAUCCCAUCCGAUCCCACAAAGCCGAGCCACUAAUAGGACUCCCUUUGUGGUCGAUCUUCCAGGCGAUCGCUCAAUAGGACAAAGGCCAAUCGCACGGUCACGCAUUGACGCACCAAUUGGGCGGCGUCAGUCCGCUUUGACCUCUACCACUACAGUUCCGUCGAAUCAGACCACACAGUCGCACCUUGAGGACACACUCGGCACGAGUAUAAAUACCCCCCGCCUUACUCCGCAGACAUUACAAACUAUAGAACAGACCACUGAUUCCCUUCGUCGCGUUACUACCGCCAUCGAAACCGCAUACCAGAACCUUGCCGUUGUUCGGGACAACAUUCGUGUCAACAUGGAUGGCAAUAACUCCACUAACUCCACUAGUGACCGCACAACGGUGAACAACGGCGGUCGUUCGCUAUUCAACUCUGAUAUGGCUCCAAGUCAUUCGGCCAUUGUCCUCGCGGAUGGGACAGAGGUCAUCAGUCCUGUCAGGCCGAAUAGCAGAACUGGUUUGACUUCUAACGCUGUUGGCGGUCCUUCCCGCAGUGGCGCGGGUACUCGUACCAGUGCACAACGUAGCCCACUCUCUAGUGCGGCGGCUUUACGAGAAGGAAGUUACUCUCAAUACAUGGAACGAUACACUCGGGAAUAUUAUGACCGCCAAAACCGCAUACCUCGUCCCGUCUCCGAUACCCCAUCGUCAAGUGCCACUACCAGACAAAACAGUAUUCCAGCAGGAUCGGCAGCUCUCCCAGGCCGUCCUACCACGUUAUCCAACCCGGGAGUUGGAUCACUUGAGAGCUUCGUAGAGCGUCUUCGUACAGCCGUGCGUCGGACAGAGUCACAUCAAAGUGACUCCUCCGAUGGAGAAGACAAUUUGGGAUUCCCCAAUCCUUGGAAUAGGUCUGCCAGUGAGAGGAGGGCUGAGACUCAGAGGAAUGACAGGCAUGAUUGGGAGCAUUGGCUUAUCAGCCCGCCCACGCCUCCCUUGCCUGCCCCAAAUACAAGCAAUCCUCGAGAUGAGUCAACGGAUGACCUCCCUGAGAAUGACGCCAGCCUCUUCUUUGGUGCUUUCAGGAGGAAUGGCGCGGCUUUUGAUCCAGAUGAUCCUUCGACUACGUUGGGGAGGCGGGUCACUGCGAGAGCAGCUGCAGCUGCAGCUCGGAACAGUGAGCGCAAUAAUUCGGACUCAGCUGCGGAUGCGUUUGGAGAUACUGUCUUUGAGCGUGCUUCCGAUUUGGCCAAUCGUCUUGAAGGUCAUCUUGAUCGCUUAGCACGCCAUCGAACCGACUUAUUGGAAGCUUCAAAUGGUCUUCGACGAGGCUCUUCAUCGACUUCCUCUUCUCCCAAUGUUGUUCGUUCCCUGACCGCCACCGUGACUGUGGGUCCAACCAGUCGCCCUCACACUCGCACUCAGAGAUCGAGGCCUACCGGUCGCAUGCGAACUGAAGAUGAAGUCUAUCAAACACCAUCACAAAGAACACCUGGUCGUACAUCUCAUGUAGAUAGGAAUGGGCGACUGAGCUAUAAUCCUACUCUUCCAGCUAGUCAUCCCCUCGCUUAUAUCCACGUCAACCCUUCGGUACCCAUUCCAGGACUUACCUCUCAAGAUUUCCACAGAAUCGAUCCUGUUUCUGGUCGACGAAGACGAUACUCCAUCAUCAGUCCGGUUCGCGAUGGUGCAGAUGGAGUGCACACGGUGACGAUGAGUGAUUCAAGUAGCGAAGAUGAUGACGAUGAUGGGCUAGCCUUACGUCGUCGUCGAGUACGUCCACGACCAGUGCGUAUUAGGCACGCCAGAGCUUUAUCUCAUGGUGACCGAGUACCUUCGACGGAUGAGCUGGCUUCAAUGGCUGCUGCGAACCGGGACAUGACAUCUACGCGACCCAGGGCCGCUCGUGUGCGAGGGACUCGGAGGAAUUUGUCUAGGGAUCGCAUGCCUUUGUUAUCGCUGGUCAGUGACCAUGAUGACGACGAAGAGUUAUUUCCAGUAAAUCGGCCCAUUCGACUCAAUGACACUGACAGAGACCGGGAUAGAGAAGGUCAGUUCAGUUCUACAACCACGUUGUCAAGUUUACAGGCUGACAAGGUAUCGCGUAUACAGAUGGUGCACGGCGGAGAACGCCUUGGUUCGACUACAUGCGCAACAGAGCGCAAGAAUAUGCCUCCCGGCUUGAAACCCACGAGACUAUUCGAGACCUCGUCGAGGACUCUGGAGAACCGCCCUCAACUUGGUCAUCGUCGACGGAUGCGCGUCCGCCGCCUCUACCGAGCCUCCAGCCUAUUACUUUACCAAUGUUCUCCGUUGGCCGAGACGAACCUGGCACCGCGCGCGUCAAUAUUAAUAGAGCGCAAUUCGACUCAAUGAGGCUCCCGGGCUUCAACCCGCCGACGUCUUCGGUUGACUCUGAUGUUGCGCCGACGGAGAUCGCUGAACCAGACAGCGGGGUCUGGAAUGAAGAAGAUGAACCGUUAAUGUAUGGAUCGUCUGAUCCAUUUAUUCCCAGCAUAUCGCCACUUUCUCGUGUGCAAACUGUCAAGAAGAAAGUGAUACACAGACUGCCGUCGAACCUGAUCUUUGUUUCUGCUCGUGCCCGCUUCGCAGGUCGUUAGGGUUUAUAGGGAUUCAUUUGGAUGAGAGGAUUGAGUAGCUACAUGCAUUGUAAUUUAUAUGAGAAGACAACGCAGACAUUAGGAUACCCAAGCAGCCCGACGCGUGAGACCAAAGAUAG